GAGAACACAUAUUAUAUUCCAACAUGCAAUGCAUGCACUGUCAAACACCUACAAUUUUUCUAUAUAUUACAUAAUCUUUCAUAUGCUUCUUCAUUCACAACUCACACUUACCUUUGCUUUUCUCCAUUGGAAUAGCUCCAAGCUAGAUAUACUUUUAGAUUUAAUAUAUGGCUACCUUUAUUAAAUUCUUUGUUACACUCUCUAUUCUAGUUUCCCUCUUAGCUUGUUCUACCAAUGCACAACUUAUUAGUAACUUCUAUGGCAAAACUUGUCCAUCCCUCGAAACCAUUGUGCGCAAUGAAAUGAUCAAAGCUAUUAGAAAUGAAGCUAGGAUUGGUGCUUCUAUACUUCGUUUGUUCUUCCAUGAUUGCUUUGUCAAUGGAUGUGAUGGGUCUGUACUAUUGGAUGACACUGGAACAUUUGUCGGUGAGAAAAAUGCAGGACCUAACAAAAACUCUGCUAGGGGUUUCGAAGUGAUUGAUACUAUUAAAACCAAAGUUGAAGCUGCUUGCAAAUCCAAAGUUUCUUGUGCGGAUAUUCUUGCACUUGCAACUAGAGACGGAAUAGCCUUGCUUGGAGGACCCUCAUGGACAGUACCACUUGGAAGAAGAGAUGCAAGAACAGCAAGUCAAAGUGCAGCCAACAGUCAAAUUCCUGGACCAUCAUCCGAUCUUGCAACUCUCACUAAAAUGUUUAAAGACAAAGGUCUAACAUUAAAUGACCUUACUGUCCUUUCUGGUGCACACACCAUAGGUCAAACAGAAUGUCAAUUUUUCCGAACUCGCAUAUACAAUGAAACCAACAUUGACACAAACUUUGCCACCUUAAGAAAAAGAAAUUGUCCUACCUCUGGUGGUGACACCAACUUAGCACCUCUUGAUUCUGUCACUCCAACCAAGUUUGACAACAAUUACUAUAAUGACCUUAUUGCUAAAAAGGGACUUCUUCAUUCUGACCAAGUUCUUUUCAAUGGUGUUGGUUCUCAAGUUUCUUUGGUUAAGACUUAUAGUACUAAUGGUAAUGCUUUUGCUAGAGAUUUUGCUGCUGCUAUGGUGAAAUUGAGUAAAAUUAGUCCUCUCACCGGGACUAAAGGAGAGAUUAGAAAGAACUGCAGGUUUAUCAAUUGAUUUUGAGAAUUCUUCAGUACACAUCUUAUUUGAUUAUGUAUCGGUACACUGUUAAAAUGAAUAAUUUUGAUAUGUUCACAAAUAGUGUUUAUUAAUGUUUGUACCUAUCAGAAUUAUCCACCUCAACAGUAUACUAGUACAUAUCCAAAUAAAAUGUGCACUUGAGUGUUCACCAUUUGUUUUGUUUUUUUUAUGUAAUUUGGUGGGGCUAAUAAUCAGAGGGCAUGUCAGCAAUUUAAUAAAUAUUUGUGUCGGAGAUUAUUCAGAGAUUGAUUAAUUCAGGAUCAAAGUCAUAAUGUUUGACAAGAUCAAUUGGACACACCGGCAAUUGUAGUAUUAAUGUUGAUGCUGGUGCUUCUCAAAUAUGAAUGUUUGUAUAUCCACAAAUACAUUCAUGUUGUUAUAUGUAUGUUGCUUGUCUUAAAUAAUGAAUGGGGGGAAUAAACCAAACCCACCAAAACAA